GUUGAAGUAUGAUAUAAGAUUUAUAUAAGUUACUAAACAUAAAGCAAAAGAAAAAGAAAAAAAAACUAAAUCUAUCAGUUUAUUUUAUUUUAUUUUUCUUUUCUAUAUUCUAAUUCUUCUCUGAAUAUACAAUGGUUAAUUCAUCUAUACAGAAAAUCAAACAAGGCAUUGAUGAGCGUAUGAAAGGUGGUAAGACAUUUCCAGCUCUUUAUGCUCUCUUCAAUACCCACUUUAUGCCUGAAAAGCUUCAUAUUGUCGGAUAUGCACGUACUAAAAUGAGUCGUAAAGAAUUUCAUGAACGCAUUAGUACCUCUUUGAAAAACGAUGAGCACGAAGGUAAUGAAAAUAUUAGUCAAUUUUUGGAUAUCUGUCAUUAUGUGUCAGGUCAAUAUGAUGAAGAUGACUCCUUUAAGAACUUGGACAAGUUUGUGACGGAUUUAGAGGAGAAAGCAGAGAUGAAGAAGGAACAGAGAAAUCGUAUCUUUUAUAUGGCCUUGCCACCUGAUUUGGAGUCUUCAAAUUCCCUUUCUACUGAAAUUGGAAAACUUUAUGAACCAGAACAAAACUUGAUGUAUGUUCGUUUUGCAAAUCGUAUCUUUAGCUCUCUUUGGAAUGCUUCUCAUAUUGAUUCUGUACAGAUUACAAUGAAAGAAGCCAUUAGUACUGAAGGUCGUGGUGGUUAUUUUGAUGAAUAUGGCAUUAUUCGUGAUGUUAUGCAAAAUCACUUGUUACAAUUGUUUUGUAUGGUUGCUAUGGAACGUCCUAUUGCACGAGAUGCAGAAGCCAUUCGUGAUGAAAAAGUAAAAGUCUUACGAUGUGUAAAACCUGUUAAACUUGAAGACACUUUAUUAGGUCAAUAUGUAAGUAACGGUAAAGUGCCCGGUUAUCGAGAAGACGAGUCUGUCCCCGACGAUAGUCUCACAGCCACUUUUGCUACCAUGGUCCUCUGGAUCGAUAACGAACGUUGGGAUAAUGUCCCUUUUAUCCUUAAAGCGGGUAAAGCAAUGGACAGCGGUAAAGCAGAAAUUCGUAUUCAUCCAACCUGGGAGGCCAUGUAUAUGAAAUUUAACAACAAGGUACCUGGAUUUUCCUAUGAUACUAUGAUCACUGAACUUGAUUUGACAUACAAGAAUCGUUAUAAAAACUUGAAUAUACCUGAAGCUUAUGAAAAUAUGAUAUUAGACGUUAUGCGUGGAGAUCAUUCAACAUUUGUACGUGACGACGAACUUAAAGCAGCAUGGCGAAUCUUUACACCUCUUUUACAUCAAAUUGAAGAGCAAAAGAUAAAGCCUGAACCCUAUCCAUACGGAACACGUGGACCUAAAAAAUUGGAUGAAUUUGUAAAAAGAUAUGGUGUUGAACGAUUGGAACAUGAAAACUAUCAGUGGCCCUUACAUCAACUUGAUUAAAUAGCAAAAGAUUUGAAGUUCAACUCCAGAAAAUAAAAUAAAAUAAAAUAAUAACCUUUUUUUUUUCUCCAUUCCAUUUCUUUUUUAAAAAAUGUACAUUAACAUUGUUAAU